AUGUACGCUGUCUUUGUCGUAUUGAUUGUCUAUCUCGCAGCUUUCGUAAGCACCUUCGGUGCUUCGAUUGCUGUGGGAGGCGGUGAUGGAAUUACCGCAACCUUCGAGGUUCCGGAGAGCCAAAAGUCCUUUCUUGUUUCCACAUAUCUUAUGGGCUGUGGCCUCGGGCCCUUACUGUUCAGCCCCUUGAGCGAAAGAUGUGGUCGGAAAUGGUCAAUCGCUGCUGGUGUCCUCUUCAUGGCGACCUUUACGACAGCAUGCACAAAAGCACCCAACUGGGGAGCGUUACUUGCCUUCCGAUUCCUCGCUGGACUUGGAUCCUCGGCAACAUUAUGCACAUCGAACGGCAUCUUUGCCGAUAUCGCCCCAAGUCCUGCCAUCAGAGGGAUCAUGAACUGCUGGACCAUGGUGCUUACAGCGUUAGGUCCUCUCAUGGCUGCCAUAACAUCCAUUUCUGUGAUCUCCCGAUGGCCGGACAGGUGGGAUAUCUGCUUCUUGAUCAACGCCGGAAUCGCCUGGCUUGCCUUUCUGGCAGUACUUUCACUCCCCGAGACAUCCGCAAAGGUUGUGAGUGCCGCGUCCUCCAUCGAGUCCCAAUCAAUGAAGAAGGAGGAAACCUGGUCUCGAAUAGUCCUGCCCCUUCGAAUGAUCUUUAUGGAGCCAAUUGUCACCACCAGCACAUUAUUUCUGAGCCUCCUGUAUUCGAUAUUUUUCCUCUUCUUCCAACUUCUGCCACGGAUCGGAUCGGACGUCUAUGGCUUUGGGACGGACCGUCAGGUCAUUGUCUUCGUCCCCAUUGCCAUUGGGGCCAUCCUGGCAGGGUUAAUUAUCACGAUACUCGAGCCAGCUCUUCAGGCGCUGUCUGAAGCCAACAGAUAUAAGAGUGAUCGGCAACAAGAGUUACGCAGACUGCCCCCUGCAUGCAUCGGUAGCUUCUUAGUCAUCAUCUCACUCUUUGUCGUUGGAUAUGUGGUGGCAAGCCGGGCUCAUUACAUGUACAUGUUAGUCGGGGAGGCAGUGUUCUCCUUGGGCAUGGUCUUAAUUUUCAUGGGACUGACAAAUUAUGUCGCGGAUUCAUACAAGACUGCCAUUGCUUCAGCCAUUGCUCCGACUUGGAUAGUGCGCAAUUUUCUCGCAGCAGGCCUAUCAUUCGCGGCAGCGCCUCUCUACUCCCAUCUGGGUGCGCAAUGGGAGCUGUACUUGCUUGGAUUCUUGAGUCUGCCGUUCGCAGGGCUGAUAUGCGGCACGCUGUAUGCUGGGCCGUGGUUGCGAGAGCACAGCGAAAUCUGUCAAAGCAUCAUCAAAGUGCCAGUCGAGCAGGAAUUAAAAGUAUAG